AUGUUUAGAAUUAGGACGCUUAUUUUCGUUGUUUCCGUGAUUUAUUUUACAUAUGGAUAUGAAAGUCCAAUAGAAGAAAAAGAUUUUAAAAAACUAUUAAAACAAAAUAAAAAUGUUCUUGUACUUUGUUCACCAAAUGAUCAAAGUGCAAAACCAAUUCUUCAAGUAUUUAAACAGGUUGAACCAGAAAUAAAAGGUCGAGGUUUACUUGUGCAUAUCAAUUGCGAUAAAGGAAAAAAACUUUGUAAAAAAUUCAAAUUUGAUACAAACACUCUUGAAUUACGACACUUUCAAGAUGGAGAUUUUCAUAAAGUAUAUGAUCGUGCACUUACAGCAAAGUCUAUGAUAAAUUUUAUGCUUGAUCCUAGCGGUGAAAUGCCAUGGGAUGAAGAGGAACUUGCUCAAAAUGUUCUUCAUUUGAAUCAAGCCAAAGAUCUUGAACAAGCAUUAAAAAAACCAUUACCAUUAUUAGUUAUGUUCUAUGCACCAUGGUGUGGACAUUGUAAACGAUUAAAACCUAUUUAUGCUGAAGCAGCUACUGAUGUUCGUGGUAAAUAUAUCUUAGCUGGUAUGAAUGUUGAUAAAGUCGAAAAUUAUCGUAUUCGAAGACAAUUCAAUAUAACUGGAUUUCCUACUAUUAUCUAUUUUGAAAAAGGUGAAGAAAAAUUUCAUUAUAGUGGUGGUCAUACUAAAGAUGAUAUUAUAAAUUGGCUUAAAAAUCCACAACCACCUAAAGAACAAACAGACGAGGAAACUGUAACAGAAUUCUUUCCAAUUGAUAAUGACAAUUCUAGUUAUAUUGUUCAUUUGGAUGAUGCAACAUUUGAUGCGUUUAUUACUGAAAAUGCACAAUCACCUAUUUUAACAAUGUUCUAUGCACCAUGUAAGUAUAGAAACCGGACACUUACUUAUUCAAACAUAGCUGCACUAGGACACUUGCGUUAUAGGACAAAUCUUCUUUGAGGAAAACCUAAAAAGAACUAGUUCAAUGUAUUGUUUACUUGCUCCGCAAGAAUAUAUAAAUAAAAGUAUCGAGAAAAUUUAUGGAGACAAUAUAAGCUUGAUAUAAUUUAACUGAUCGUUAAUGUCUAAAUGUAGGUUUUUAAUCAAACGUUGUAUUUGUUUGUUGAAAGGUUCGUGUUUUUUUUUCUUGCUUCGAAGAUUGACUGCUCGACAUGAGAUGCGAGUGAAUGAAUCUUGUUGUCAGUCACACUCAAAUAUCGCUAUUGCUAAGGGAGUACGUAGUUCGACAAUAACUGCAAGAUAUGAUGUUCAAACCUUAGUACGAUUAGUCAUGAAAUGAUCCUAACCACGUCACUAAAGCCGUUUUUGUUGAGUCACCCAUCCGACAGCAUGUUAACUACGUUGUGCCAUAUACAGUAUGUAAAAAAAUUAUUCGGACACCUCAGUACGUCCAACUUGUUGAGCAAAUAUCACCAUGAUGAAAAUAUAUUUUUUAGACUCUGAAUACAUCAUUCGAUAGGUCAUGAUCUCUACUUUCUUUUGCACAGAAAAGAUUCUACGGUAAGUGUAGUUUUCGUAAAGUUUUCCACAGUUUUCUGAGAAGCAGUCGAUUUUACGAGCAAAAAAAUUAUUCGGACACUUGUGUCUUUUUCAUUAUCACAGCUCUAUUUUAUAUCAAAACAUUUUGAAUUUUAUAUCAUUCGAUAGAGAAAACAUUUCUCUACACGUUGAUAUAUAGAAAAAUUGGAAAAGAUGUUAAGACCGUGUCUAAAGACUCUCAGUACUGGAAGCACCGUUGGUUUUUUAGAAAACCUUCACUUCUCGGCUUCAGGGUAAUAAAAAUUCAACCCAAAAUACAUCAUCUGAAAGAGAAAGAGAUGUUGAAUCUACUUGUAUCCUUGAUUUUUCAAGAUUCUAAAAUUUUAUAGUCAAUAAUUAGUUAUUAAUUUUAAUAUUCAACACACCUUGCUCAGUAUUCUUAAUUUUUGGACAGCUAAAUCGAAUUAAAAAAUCUUCUCAAAUAUACAGGCUUAUAGAGAAUAAAAUUCUCUACAAGAUGAUAUGCUUGGAUGCGGAAUAGCUAUUUUCCUUA